UAUCGUGAAAGAGGCGAUUUUACCGAUCUAAAGAUAGUUUACGAUAGAGUCGAAUUCAACGUCUAUAAGAUUAUACUAUGCUCACAAUCUCCUAUCUUUCAAUCUGCAUAUACCAGAAAUUUCAAGGAAGUAGUAGAAUCCACGUACCAAAUAAUAGAUAAAUCGGUUUCUAUUAUUAAAAAAAUGCUAGAUUACCUAUAUACGGGUAAAUACUCGGAGACUUUCGAUAAAAAGGAGGCGGACGACUUACCUAAGAUACCGCCAUUAUCAUUAUCAGCUCUUCAAUUAUAUACACAAAUAUUCUCUUUAGGGGAUAAAUAUAUUAUCCCGGAGCUCUAUUAUACGGCUAUAGUAAAAUACUCGAAAAAGGCUUUGAAUCGAUUUAACCCCGUAGAAUAUCUUAAGGAUGUUUUCUUCUUACUAUUGAGUAGUAACAGGGAACUUAAAGAACUCGCUAUCCGCUUCUCGAGAGAUAAUCUCGUGUCCUAUUUAGACAACAAA